AUGGUUUCGAUUACAAAUCCGGCUCUGAUUAAAUAUCUGUCCAGAUUAGUUCACAAAUACGGUUUCGAUUACGAAUCUGGCUCUGAUUACAAAUCCGGAUCUGAGUCAUAUUCUGAUUCUGAUUUCGAGACCGGCUCUUAUCUUAUAUCCUGUUUUGAUUUCAAUACAAGAUCGGUUUAUAAGUACAGUUUCGAUUCCCAAUCCGUCUUUGAUCUCAAAUCCGGUUUCGAGUCAGAUUGUGAUUUAAAUUCUAGUCCCCCUCCGAUCAUAAAUCCGUCAGAUUUUGAUUCUGAUUCCAAGUCCGGCUCUUAUCUUAAAUCCUGUUUAGAAUUGAAGUCCAGAUCAAAUCACAAAUACGGUUUCGAAUACGAAUCCGGAUCUAAUUACAAUUACAGUUCCGAGAAAGAUUUUGAUUCUAAUUCCGAGUCCGGCUUGGAUCCAGAAUCCAGUUCUGAUUUAAAGUCCAGAUCGGAUCGCAAAUCUGGUUCCGAGUCAGAUUUUGAUUCUGAUUCCAAUUCCGGCUCUUCUCUGAAACCCUGUUUUGAUUUCAAUUCCAGAUCGGAUCCCAAAUCCGAUUUUAAGUCCAGAUCAGAUCACAAAUACGGUUUCGAUUACGAAUCCGGCUCUGAUUACAUAUCCGGUUCUGAGUCAGAUUUUGAUUCUGAUUCCAAGUCCGGCUCUUAUCUUAAAUCCAGUUCUGAUUUCACGUCCAGAUCGGACCACAAAUCCGGUUUUGAUUCUGAAUCCGGCUAUGAUCACAAAUACGGUUCCGAUUUCAACUCCGGCUCUGAUCCCAAUUCCGGUUUCGAGUCAGAUUUUGAUUCUGAUUCCCAGUCCGGCUCUAAGUCAGAUUUCGGUUCCGAGUUCAACUCCGCAGUCUGGGCCACAUUUCACUUUUGA